UUGUCUGCAAACUCCAUAUCUCUAUUUCUAAAUUUUGGUUAACAGCUUCACAGCUUUCUCUUCUUUCUUUAACUCUUGUUUGUAUCUGAAAAUCAUGUGAUAGUUACGUUCCAUUUUGUAACAGAAUCAAUUUAUCAUCAUAAUAUUCAAUUUCAGCAUGUCGUUGAUCGAAGGAAUGGGCGAUGAAGUGCCCAUAUUUUUUGUUCUGGCUGCAAUCGUCAUCGUGGCUUUCAUGGUUUUAGCCUGGAAAUCAACUGAUGUUCCCGAACUGUCCCUUCCAUCACCUGUCCUGACAUUCACACUAACCCAAAGAGAAAUUCCUGCUGCGUCUGGACUUGUUGUAAAUGAAGAUAGACCUCGGCUUACACCUGAAGAAAAUGUUUUAAAUCAAGAUAUUCCUUCACCCCCCAAUCCAGACUUGAUUUCAAGUCAUCAAGCCACAACGAUGGGCUCUGACACACAGCCUGCAAAUGGUGAUUCAGAAACUGUGGCUGAAGCUACAUCUGAAGCCAUUUCUGAAGACAAAAGUGGUGAACUGAGGGAAAGACAGACUGAUGCUUCUCACAGUGAAGCUACCAUCAUCAGUGUGAAAUUAAAGUACAUGAAUGAUACACACAGGGUUGUAGAAAGUCUUAUACACUCAACUAUUGGCGAUUUUAAAAGGACACAUUUCAAGAAAGAAUUGAAUGAAAACAAAGUAGUUAAACUCAUCUUCAAUGGCCAAGUACUCAGCGAUGAGUCGUCUUUACUCUCCCAGCUGGGUCUCGACAAUAAUUCUGUAGUUCACUGUCUUAUUCAUCAACCUCGUUCAUCCGAUACUACACCUUCAUCUCCUCCCCAUACUAGCAACUUGCCACGUCCAAUUCACCAUCAGCAACAAACAACAGAGGAUUCGAUUCCUCGACAGCCCGGGCAGCAGAGUGCCGCUGAGGCCGGUAUAGACAUUGGCGGUCUACUAGUCCCUCUUUUUGGAGUCAUUUUAGGUUUGGUUUGGUAUUGCCGGUUCGCCUACGCCUCUUAUUUCACCGCUGCAGCGACAACUGGUCUUGUUGGACUUUCAGGGCUCUGCAUCUUCUCGGUCCUCAUUAUUUGGUAUCCUGAACCCGAAGCACCUUAGAUGACCUGUAGGUUUGACAAUUUUGUUUUUUCCCAAAUACAAUAUGACACGUUGUUUCCA